ACCACAACUAAAAAACCCUAAAUAGCUAGCUAGUCAAGAACUAAAACCACAACUAAAAAACCCUAUAUAGCUAGUCAAGAACUAAAGAUAUGUCUGGUGUUUGGGUGUUCAAGCAGAACGGUGUGGUACGACUAGUGGAUAGUCCUGGAAGUGAUUCCUUUCAGGGUGCGGGCCGACGUAAGGUCCUGGUUCAUGUACCAACGAACGAAGUGGUGACUUCAUACGAUGUGCUGGGAAGAAUGCUGUCAUCAUUCGGAUGGGAAAGGUACUACGAUGACCCUGAUUUGUUGCAAUUUCACAAAAGAUCGACAGUGCAUCUCAUUUCUCUACCUAAAGACUUCAACAAACUCAAACCUAUGCAUAUGUUUGACAUAGUCGUCAAGAACCGCAACAUGUUUGAAGUUAGAGAUAUGUAGUAACUUAGCUAAACAACCAUCGAUAUCCAGUUAUGGUUGUUUAGGUCUUUCCGAGUUGAUUAUAACUAGCGUGUUUAUUGUGUUUUCUGGGUGAUUACUUUCUCAUAUUGCAGUUUCAAGGUUUGUUUGAUUAUA